GUGUCGGAAGCAAACCAGUUAAAUUCGAGUGAUUCACUGUACGGUUACAUUAAUAUAGCGAAAUCUUAAAAGAAGCCACCUCAGAGUAUUGAAGCGUAACAUAACUCACCGCAUAUAUAUCUUUUGGAUGAAAUAUUUUAUUGCAAGUUUGUUGUGUAUAUCGGCGUUUAAGACAUAAUAAAUUGUAUGCACACAGGAAAAUAAUCUUGUAAAGCACUUUCGACGAAAAAUAUUUAUCUCAGCGCACCAACGUAAUUCAUUUCGAACACGUCGACACGAAAUAUAUUGGGAAAUCCUCUGCUAAACUUAGUCAGUGCCUGUAUAAAGCAAAUAAUUGAUAUAAUGGACCCAAAAGGACAACCACAAAAUGCCCCUCCAGCCGGCUUCUAUGUUCCACCUCAACCACCACCAGCCUACGAGGCCGGACAAACGAAUUACCAAUUUCAGCCGCAACAGCAACAUCUAGUUCAACACGUCAUUACUACACCGAAUGUGGGUCCCAAUCCCUGUUCGAUAUUAUGUCCAUCUUGCCGUCAACAUGUUGUGACCAGAAUGGACUAUGAAACAUCAACAAAGACUCAUAUAAUGGCUGGACUAUUGUGCGCUUUUAUAUGCUGGCCCUGCGCUUGGAUUCCUUACGUUAUGGACUCAUGCAAGAAUGCGAAUCACUACUGCCCGAAUUGUGGUUGUUUCAUUGGAACGUACAAAUCGUAGUUUAUGGAAAUCACAAAUUUUGUGUACUAUGUGUGUGAUAUAUGAAUGCUUAAGGAAAACGUGCACUAAAAUAUUUAAAAGUUUUAAGUAUAAAAUAAGAGAAAUGGAAAAUAUAUAUAUUUUGGAACAGUAAAAAAGAUGUCGUUAAUGUCGA